ACCAUUUUGCAGCGUCCCUGCAACAAUUAAAGCCUGGAGCUGCUCAUCAAAAGCUUUCUUCUUUAUUUCAUUAAUUAUUCAAGAAAAAUGGAGUUCAAGAGAAAUCUGGGCCGCCGGUUUCUGAGAACCUGCAGAAUCGGAAACCAUUGUAUGACCGAUUGCCGUAUCUCAACGUCUAGGGUUGCCGUCAAAACCCGUAUUCCGCCGGGUCCCGAAAGAAUCCCCCCGGAUUCGCUUGACGAUUCCGUGUUCCGCCGCUUCAUGCACCGCCGCCCCGGAUACGAGCCGGCCGGUUUGCCGCCCUUCCCGGUGUCCGGCGAGAAGCUGAUGGAGAAACUCCGGGGGAUGGACAUUUCCAGCGACAGGAUCCGGCUGGACGGCCUCGUCCCUCCUCCGCCGGAGUGCAGUCUGACGGUGGUUGACGCGCGGAAGCUCCUCCGGUUGUCGCAGCUUGAAGCGGUGAAAGCGAAGCUCAGGGGAAUCGGGAAAAAUCACAUUUCGUAUUCCCAGUUUAUGGGGAUUUGCGGGGACGGCUGUUCAAAUCCCGAUCAAGGACUUGACAUCGCCAAAACGUUGGACGAUUCCGGCGCCGUCAUCGUUCUCGGCAACGUCGUUUUCCUCAAACCUCACCAGGUUGUGAAAGCCAUUGAAGGUCUAAUCCCAAAGCUGAAUGAGGAGGAGGAGAAGGAUGGUGAUCCCAGAAUGGAUGAAUUUCAGAGCAUGGAGAAGCAAAUGAAAGCAAUAGAGAAGAAAGCAGAAUCAAUGGCAAGAAGGGAGCUUCGGGCAGGGUUGGGCUAUCUGGUGAUUCAGACAGCAUUGUUUUUGAGGUUGACAUUCUGGGAGCUGACAUGGGAUGUAAUGGAACCCAUUUGCUUCUUUGUCACCUCUGGCUACGCCAUGGCUGCCUAUGCGUUCUUCUUAAGAACCUCAAAAGAACCAUCUUUUGAAGCCUUCUUCCAAGCCCGUGUUGGCGCGAAAAAGAAACGAUUGAUCCAGCUUCAGGGUUUCGACACCCACAAGUAUCAUCAGCUCAAAAAGAUUUGUGAUCCCUCUUCUUAAUUCCCUGUGAUGGUACGAUAAUAACAUAAUAACUUCACACAAAAGCUUUUCCAGAUUCUCUUUUUCCUCCUCCUGCAGCCUUUGGCUCCAUUUGUCGACAAAGUUUACAUUUUGGCUGGUGCAGCGGCUCUGUAUGUAUAUUAUUGAUGAAGAGAUUGAAUGAAUGUGCAAUGACUUUGAGUUUUCUUUCUUCAUCACUCCAUUUCACCGGCAAAAAAGAGCUCAAUUCUUUCUUUUUUGUGGACUGAAUUAGUAGUCAUUUAGUCACCCUUUUAUAAAGAUAUGUUAAACAACAUGUUUUCACUUAAAAGAUAAUGCACCAGUGAGUGCAACUUUUUUCACCAUAGUAACAUAAAAGAAUACGGAGUCCAUUUAUAUAUAAAAUAAUAUAAGCAAAGGCAAAUACUGACUCAUCUCAAAACUUCAAGCAAAACUCAUGUCUUGGAGUGCAAUAAUAUCCACUCUUAUUGCCGCGCCAAAAUAAGCAAAGACAUAUACCGAACCUCCCUUUAUUCUCUUUUCAAAUUUCACACCAAGCCUUUUCAAAUUGUGGCAUGGAUAAUAGUUUCCUACACAAUCUCCAAAAAGAUCAUAAUCAAUGGAUAUAUUUAUAUAUUUUAUUUUUUUAGAUUCAUCCCUCCAUCAUAUGUGUUUCUUUUCACAUUUAGAAAUAAUUACAUAACAAUCUUACACUGAGUCACUGAGACUCACUUGAACAAUAACAAUGGAAAGAUACUGAGUGUUGAGGCAAGGCAAAUCCAAUGCUCUGAUUGAACCAAAUGUGUGUAUUGAACCAAUAUACUCAAAUAACUGUGUAAAAUAAUUGAUUGGUUCAACAUUGAAAAUACACUGUUUAGUUAACAGAAUCUUGAAACACACAGAAGAUUGGGUCUAUAAACACUCUUAACAUAACACUUUUUUAAACAAUAACAAUGGAAAGACACUGAGCGUUAAACAAAUAUAAUGCCAGUAUUCUGAUUGAACCAACUGAGCUUAUUGAACCAAUGUAUUAAGGCAUCUAUGCAAAACUAUGUAAUAUACUAACAUAUAGGUGAAUAUGUUGCAAUGCUACGAAGUUUUGAUUCAGAAUUCUGUUAUGGUAUCAUUGGUAUGUUUGGAAACAUGGAUUUGGAUUUCAAAUCUGGAUUUAGCUCAAAUUCCAUGUUUGGGAAACUUAAAAAUUUUGAAUCUGGAUUUGAGUCAAAUUCUUCUCUUCAUAAUAAAGCUUAAUUUAAAACCCAUGCAACUCCUUAGAUUAGUUCCAUACCAUUUUGCAGAAAUGAUUGUUGUGAUUUAUAUAUUCAUUGUGUUGGAUUGUAAUUUUAUGGCGGAAUGUCUAUGACUGUUUUAGCAUGCUUCAUAUAAUUUGUUUUUGUUUUAUAUGUUUUCUUACUGCAAGUAGAUUGAUUUUUUAGGACUUACUUUCUUUUAAGCAUGAUUAUUCCUUGAAUAUUCUUAUUGCUGCUGGACCUCAUUUGUUCAGUUAUUAGUCCUUUGUUCUAACUAAACCAUAUGUGUUUAUUGAACCAAUUGACUCAAAUUACUGUGCAGAAUAGUGAAUUGCUUCAUGAAUGGAAAGACACUGAUCUGUCAAAAGAAAAUUGGAACAAACAGAACAUUGGAAACACUUUAUUAAACAAUAACAAUGGAA